AUGCAGUUCGCAACAGAUUGGGAGUUCAAGCACGUGACCUCCUCACCAAGAUACCCGAGAUCUAAUGGCAAAGCAGAAUCUGCUGUUAAAAUUUUCAAGAGUUUGUUCAAAAAAGCUUUUAAAGAUAAUAGAGACCCUUGGCUUGCUCUUCUCGAUUAUCGCAACACUCCUACUGAAGGUAUGAAGUCAAGCCCCACUCAGCACCUCAUGUCACGAAGAACCAGAACACUGUUGCCAACAGCCACUAGCCUACUGCAACCAAAAGUCCUUGAGGGAGUGAACAAGAAGAUCAAAGUGAAGAAACAAAAGGCGAAGUACUAUCAGGAUCGUACUGCAAGAACACUGCCAGAGAUAGAAAUCGGCUAG